AUGGUAAACGGUCUCGACGGCCUCGCUCUUCUAGCCUUGGAUCAGAUACGACUGUCGACACAUGGCGCCGCAGUUCCUCGAGUCAGCGGAGUGAUAUCGGCGAAGAAUAUAUUGAAAGGAUUCGUUGCGAGAGAAGAGCAAGAGAGAAUGCUCCUCCCUCCAGAGCUACCCUUAUAUUUUAAUGCUGCAGCUUCACCACCAAGUGAGUCGUUGCCAGGAUAUGAAUCUAUGAUUAGACACCCAAUCGUACCAGUAGCAGUAUCCCCUGCUCCUAAUCUACCAGACGUACCGCAUACUAUACCAAUAACCAUCUCAAACACCAACCAGGGCAAUACAAACAGAGCAGGUCCAAAUGCUCAGCAAUCCUUGCCUAAUCUACCUACAGAGCAAGGCCCGAGCCCUCCUUACACUGAUACUGCAGUCAAUGCACCACAAUCAGCAGCACGCAUCCAUAUUUCCACAGACGUCCAAUCAGCAGAAUCAUCACAAAUCACUGUGCUUAUGCAACGAAUAGACAGUAUGUGGGCAGCAAUUGCACGUUUGCAACAGACACAAGUUGAAAGAACAGCAGCAUCUGCUCCUGCCCCAGUGUAUCGAAGCAGCGAAAUCAGCUCCCCAUUACCGGAAUACGCUUCCGUCGACGAUGCGUUUGUGGAAGAAGGGAGUACGCCCCGGCCGCGAUAG